UCUUAAAAAAUAGUUGACAACAUGUCAUAUUGGCUUAUUUUGAUGGCACCCGUUCUCAGCUUUGAGCAUGGGAUCUGGGGUGUUGCAGGAAGCUGCUUGAGCCUUUGCGUGAGGCAGACUCAGGUUUGCCACCUGAGCUCUCUUAAGCUCACGCAGCAUCCCUCUGACUUCCUCCAAAGGACAGCACUUCCAGCCUCAGGCAGAAGUGAUGGAGAGGCGCUGAAGGUGUCCCCAAAGCUUCCAUCGAGCGCUGGAGAGGACCGUGCCACCCUGCUGGGCAUUGCCAUGAUGGCUUCCUCUGUGCUGAUGUUCUUCCUGUUGGGGACCACCGUGCUGAAGCCUUUCAUGCUCAGCUCUAACAGAGAAGAAUCAAAUUGCACCACCGUCCACACACACAUUGCAGAUGAUUGGCUGAACUUCGCCUUCACCUGUGAGGGCAGCUGCCAGGACCAGGGCGGGUAUCCCUGUCUGCAGGUGUUCGUAAACCUCACCCACUCAGGCCAGAAAGUGCUUCUCCACUACGACGAUGAGGCGGUCAGAAGCAACCCCAAGUGCUUUUACACACCCAAGUGUCACCAAGACAGGGAUGAUCUGCUUAACACUGCCCGGGACAUCAAGGAAUUCUUCGAUCACAGAAAUGGAACUUUCACUUGCUUCUACAGUCCCGAUGGCCAGCUGGGAGUUGUCCUGAGGAAGUCUGGCCACAAGGUUGUCUUUCAUUGCUUGUUUUGGCCUUUGUUGACUUUGCUGGGUGGGGCCCUGAUUGUUGGCUUGGUGAGGUUGACACAGCAUUUAUCUCUUCAGUGUGAACAGUACAGCAUGGUGGUGAGAGUGCAGGCAGGAGGCAGAGCACAUUCUGUGGGCAGGCGCAGGUCUUCGCCGACGUGCAGUGUGACGACGACGAGCCAGGGAAGGAACAGAGAGCUGGGGAGGCGGCUGCACCGCUCCCAUCCCGAGAUGCUCCAGCUGAUGACUUGAGCGCUGCCAGGCAUGGUGGAGCAUUGUGAUCCCAGCACUUGGGGGGCUGAGGCAGGAGGAUCACAUUCAAAGCCAGCUCGGGCUAUAGACAGACCGUGUGUAAGAACACAGCUGGGGUUAUAGCUUCAGAUAGAGCACCUGCCUAGCACACACAAGGCUCUGGAUUUGAUCACCAGCACUAAACCGUGCUAUCUCCUUACAAACCUGCUGUGUACAGGGCAAAGGCAGGCAUCCCAGCUUUC